AGAAUUUAGACGUCAGUGUCCUUGACCUAGAGAAGUGCUGGCGGGCUCCUUGGAUUCCCGUAAGUUGUGUAAGUUGUUUCUGUGAUUUGCUGCUGCACAUCGUUACUUGUACAUGGCGAAUCGUACAGUUAAAGAUGCUCAUACAGUUCACGGCACCAACCCCCAGUAUCUCAUUGAGAAAAUCGUUCGUAGUCGUAUUUAUGAGUCACAAUUCUGGAAGGAGCAUUGCUUCGCAUUAACAGCUGAAUUACUAGUCGAUAAGGCUGUAGAACUGCGUUAUGUCGGUGGAGUGUAUAGUGGAAAUGUUAAACCAACGCCUUUUCUGUGUCUAACACUGAAAAUGCUACAGAUUCAACCGGAUAAAGACAUUGUCAUUGAAUUUAUAAAACAGGAACCGUACAAGUAUGCUCGAGCUUUAGGUGCCUUCUACUUGAGACUAGUUGGGGAGUCUGUUGAGAUAUAUAAAUAUCUUGAAACGUUGUAUAACGAUUUUAGACGUUUAAAAUUUCAGGAUAAAAUGGGAAAUUUCAGUUUAAUUUACAUGGAUGAUUUUAUCGAUCAGUUGCUUACAGAAGAACGUGUAUGUGAUGUUAUCCUGCCGCGUUUACAAAAACGAGAAGUUCUUGAAGAACUCAAUGGUCUGGAACCCCGGCAGUCACUGCUGAAUGAAGAUCUGGAAGAUAUACAGUAUACAGAAGAAUUAGAUCCAGUGAAUCAGUAUGAUGAAAAUCAUAAAUCAAAAGGCAAGCAUAAACGACGCGAUCAUGGGAAAGACAAAGACCGCCAUAAACGAAGACAUCGUGAGGAAUCUCCUCAUGGCGAACGUAGGGAAAGAGAACGAGAUCAUGUGUCGUCACGCCAUAAAGACCGUGAUGACUAUGAACGUAAACAUGACAGAGAGAAAGGACGAAGACGAAGUCGUUCUGGAGAGCGUCGAAGUGGUCGAUCCAGACGUGAUGACGAUCGUUCACCAGAUCAUAAACGCUCCCGAGAUAAAGAUCGUGACAGACGACAUUAGAACUCGGAAGUGACGCAAUUCUGGUUCCACGAUUGCCCAUAAUCUCAUCUCUUCCACACACACGGCAUCCUGCAUGUCACCGUCGGACAACCCACUCGUUGCCUUCCAUUGGGAUUCCACUAGAGAGAUGGUCUGCAUUGCGCGUGAUGUCAUUCGACGAUUUCCUCGAUGAUCAUGCCCAACCGAUUCAUCUCCAUUUUCUUCUACGACUCUCAUUCUGAAUCUUUUCCACUUGACCUACUUGACAUUUUAAACCAAAAAUUAUUCAUGUGUAUACUUUUUAUCUUUAUUUUUACAAUAUUGAAUUCUAUGUUAUCAAAUUUCACACCAUGUUACGUAACAUUUUAUAUUCGUCUAUUAAUCUUAUGAUUAUAUGCCUCUCCCCAAAAUCUAUACACCUGAUGUAUUAUCUUAUAUAUGACAUUAAUUAUUGUUCCACUUGACUUAAACUAUGAAUAUAAUCACAAUUAUUUUGAAUUUAUUUCAUACUAUUAUUAUUUCAUGUAUUUACACCUUUGACCUAAUUCCCUCACCGGAUAUAAUUUCUUCAUAAAACCAUAUAUAUAUACGAUUGUACAGCUUGAUAAUAAAUUCGUUGUGGAAAAGAGUCUCUUCGCUGA